CAGCAGGGUCGAGGUGCAGAGGAGGCGGAACUGGUCGCUGGUUGCCAGCCGCGGCGGCAGGUUUAGUGGCAGGGACCGGCGGAGCGCUCGAAGGACGGACCUGCGCCGAACAGCGCCGAGAGGAUAACAGAAGAGAAGGUGUGAUUUUUCAACAAAGACCGACACCAUGAACACCAGUCCAGGCACCGUGGGCAGUGACCCUGUCAUCUUGGCCACUGCUGGUUAUGAUCACACUGUUCGCUUCUGGCAGGCACACAGUGGAAUCUGCACCCGGACUGUGCAGCAUCAGGACUCACAGGUGAAUGCUUUGGAAAUCACUCCGGACCGCAGUAUGAUUGCUGCAGCAGGAUAUCAGCACAUCCGAAUGUAUGACUUGAAUUCCAACAACCCAAAUCCAGUUAUCAACUAUGAUGGCGUCAGUAAAAACAUCACCUCGGUUGGUUUCCACGAAGACGGGCGCUGGAUGUACACUGGUGGCGAGGACUGCAUGGCCCGAAUUUGGGACCUCAGGUCACGUAACCUGCAGUGCCAGAGAAUCUUCCAGGUCAAUGCACCUAUCAAUUGUGUCUGCUUGCAUCCUAAUCAGGCAGAGCUAAUUGUUGGUGAUCAGAGUGGAGCCAUUCACAUCUGGGAUCUUAAAACGGACCACAAUGAGCAGCUGAUUCCUGAGCCAGACGUAUCAGUUAAUGCCGUUCACAUUGAUCCAGACGCAAGCUACAUGGCAGCAGUCAAUAGUUCGGGUAAUUGCUAUGUGUGGAAUCUGACGGGAGGCAUAGGUGAUGAUGUUACUCAACUCAUUCCCAAGACAAAAAUCCCAGCUCACAAACGCUAUGCACUUCGUUGUAAGUUCAGCCCCGAUUCCACACUUCUUGCCACGUGCUCGGCUGACCAGACCUGUAAAAUAUGGAGGACGUCCAACUUCUCCCUCAUGACUGAGCUUAGCAUCAAGAGCAAUAACCCUGGAGAGACAUCGCGAGGCUGGAUGUGGGACUGUGCGUUUUCUGGGGAUUCGCAAUAUAUUGUCACAGCCUCUUCAGAUAACCUUGCCCGGUUGUGGUGUGUGGAGACUGGUGAAAUUAAACGGGAGUACAGUGGGCAUCAGAAAGCAGUUGUUUGCCUGGCCUUCAAUGACAGUGUACUGGGAUGAAUAUCUCCAAAGGAGCCUGGCCCUUCCCUUACCCUCUUCCUCUCCUUUCCUACACCAAGCACAUGAAUUGGAAUCCUGGCAGGUUGCUUUCAUGAAUCGCUAUGAAAACGUUGAUCCAAGUUGCUGCAGUCUGGGACCUCUCUGUGUAUUCUAUCACUGGACUUGACUUUUGCCACUUGAGCUAUGAGAUGGUAACUAAUGCUACAGUUACUGUGCCUCGGCUCUCACACCAGGAUUUCAAGCAGCAGAAUGCUGGUGAGUGAAAUGUUCGUGCUGUUCUUUUGAACAGUGAAAAAAACAUCAGGUGGCAUACCUAAACUUGAACAAUCUGAAGAGCAUUAUAAGUUUUGUGGCAUUGAAGGGAAUUAUUCAUGAGAGCAGGUCCUUUACAUUUAGUGAGGAUGAGAAUAAUUUGAGGAAUGAGUUCAGGAUUUCUGGUGCAAUAUAUUGAACACACACUAACAUUCUCUUAACUUGUGCACCAAUAACAUAUGCUAAGGAUAUCUUGUGCAGCAUGAAGAAUGUCUCAUGUAAAGCUAUGGUAUGUAACUUUUGUAUGGGUUAAAGAUUAUGCAUCGUUACAGUUUAUUGUUUCUGAUAACACUUUUCCAUAUUUUCUUGGUAAUUAAUUCGAAAAGAUUAGCAGUAGCAGUAGGUCUACUACGAGAGCUGGUGUGUUUUCACUGCUCUUUAAUAUCUAAUGUUAAGAAACAAUGCAGUUGGUGAAUGCUGAAUAGCAUCUAAUGCUGUGUGCAAUCAUUAAAACUGCAAUGAA